AAUGCAGAUUAGUCAGUUAGCUUUUAUUUUAUUGUUCACAGGAGACCUUCAUGGAAAUUUCCCUGAUCUUAUCAAUUUUGAGAAAACAUUAUGGGGUCUUGGUCCAACACUUACACCAAGUUGUUUCUUAUUUCUUGGAGACUAUGUUGACAGAGGGGCUUACAGUGUUGAGGUUAUAGCUUAUCUUUUUGCUUAUAAAGUUCAGAAUCCAAAGCGGAUAUGGCUUCUCAGAGGAAAUCAUGAGAUCAGAGAAGUACAAUUGAGGUACACAUUCCUCAAAGAAGCAACAACAAAAUUUGGAGAAACUUUAGGAAAACAAGUGUGGCAAUCAGUAAACUUGGCAUUUGAUGCUUUACCAUUAGCUGCUGUUAUUGAUGACAGGGAAGACAUGCCUGUGCAGAUGAUAAAUAUACGUUUGUAUCUGUCUUCUGUUCAGAAACUGAAUCUAACUCUUAACAUCUCUUUCCUAUCUAUCUCAGACUCCAAGGUCUUUCUUACUUCAUUCAACAAAUAUCAUCCACAGAACUUUACAGGCAAGGCAGUUUUUUAG